UAGCAGAAAACAACUCAGGCUAGCCAGUAAUAACACAGCUGCUCGAGUGCUAAGACGUAAAUUCGAUAUAUUUUGUUUUGCUUGAACAUUUUAGCUUUAUUUUGUGUUUUCAAACUAAGAGUGAAUAGUUCCAAAGUUAGUUAUUGGAAAACCACUGACUCAUCGGCCGAUUGUUUAGCGGUGCACACCGAUAAGGGAGGCUGCGUUUGAAUUUCACAACAAUCUGUCGACCGGUUUGAUUUCGUUGUUCAAUUCAAAGUGUUUUUUAUGUCGAUUCAAGUGUUCUAAAAAUGGAACAUCCAAAUAAUAAAUUGUUGGAUUUAUCGGACGAAGUUUUGCUCAGAAUUUUCUCCAAUUUCAACGAAAUCGAUUUGCUGAAUGUGGCAGCAGUUUGUAAGCGUUUUGAAGUGAUCGCAAAGGAUGUAUUCGCAGAACGAUAUAACGGUAAAACGGACGAGAAAUACUACGAAAUUAAGUUGUACCCUGAUAAUAGCAAAUAUGAUCAAAGGUUACAUCGAAAGAUUAUAGAAACUUUUGGCAAUGAAAUAGCAGCAAUCAAACUUAAUGCAGAAGAAUCAUCAAAUCGACAUAAACUCAUAACACUGAUCGGUCAACAUUGUCGUUCUACAAAAUAUGUCAUCAUCAAAUGUGAUAGCGAGUCAUUCCAAUUGACCCACAUGAUUCGCUCAAUGCAGUCAUUAACUAGACUUACAUUGAAAUAUUUAUCCUCCUUAAACUUUUAUUGGGCUGAUAUACACUAUCCGCGACUGACAUAUUUUUCCAUGGAAGGAGUCUCUUGUGUUGAUGUUGAGGUGCUAAAGCGAUUCGUGUACAUAAAUCCACAGCUAAAACAUUUACGAAUAUUUGACUGCCGGAAAUUUCCAUUGAAAGUGAUUCAAGCUCUGCGAACCAAAAUGAAAACACUGAAAUCCCUCGAAUAUGAGUCUGAUGAAAAUGAUUUCGAAAAUAAUUGCCGCGAUGUCGAAUUGGAACAAUUGGAAUCGCUAAAAAUAGCUGUUUCCGCGACAUCGAUGAAAAAGGUUCUAGAAGCAAUCGCAAGAGGAAGCAAAAAUAUUAAACAUUUGAAGGUGUGGUUCUGUGAAGAUGAAGAUGAAGAGGAUAUCGCACACAAUCAACUUAAUGAGAUUAUCCAACUUUUUGGUGGUCUAACUUCUCUGCACCUGGAACAUUUCGAUUUAACAAUCAAUGGAGUCGGAGAUGUUGCUCAACACUUGCCGCAAUUGGUUUCAUUGAAAGUGGAUGGUGUGCGACUUAAUGAAAUCUCCUCAAUCGACGUACUAUACCUGUUCACAACAUGCAAACAUCUGAAGGAGUUAUUGCUUGAGAGUGAAUAUUAUGUCAUCAGAGCCGAGCAAUUUGAUUCGCACUUUCAUCGGAAAUUCGUCGGCAUUACUCGAAAUCGUGGCGAUGGCGUAAAGUUUGAGGUCAUUCAACCGAUUACAGAUGCUAACAGAACCACGAGUGAAACAAUAACAAUUACAAGUGAACAAAUAAUCAGAAAUGGAAAACUACUUCGUUGGAUAGCCAGUAGGUGUGAAGCGUCAAAUAGCCAAAUAGUGCAUUUCUUGGACCUUGGUGACAAAUGUUUGGGAAAGAUAUACUCAUACUUGGACGAACAGAGUGAACGAGCUUUGUACGAGACGUGCACCCGAACAAAGGCAGCGAUGCAAGAUCGAAUCAAGGCGCAACUGUUCACGGUUCAUACUUUUGAUAGUGCCGAAGAUACAUUAAACCGUUUUGGCGAACACAUGACCAAAUUAUCAAUCGACAUGAAUAAAAACAAUCGCAUAGAGAUGAGCGAGAUUUGGAAGUUAGUUAGUAGAAAAUAUAGCAUAGGAAUAAUUGAGUUGUGCUUGAACAAUGUCAGGGUUAAUGCAAUGGAAAACAGUUCGAAGCCAGAAUUUCCGAAUUUAAAAACGCUCAAAAUUAUGUCACUGGUCGCAAGCCGUUCUCACAUUUUUCCACCGAUGGAAUGUCCAAAACUCGCUCAUCUCGAAUUUAACAGUGGAAAAAUCACACUGCCAACCAAAGCAUCUAACUAUGGAAUCUCUCUUAAUCAAUUGAAAAGCAUCAGACUCACCAACUUUAGCAAAAACAUUGAAACAAUUCUAUAUGCUCUGAACGAAAAAGUUUGUGAUCAGAUUCAAUCAUUUGAAGUUGAACAUGAGUCAAGAACAGCUGAUAUUGAACAGAGAAUUGUGUACAUGAUUACACGAUUCAGAAAUUUAACCACACUCAACUUUUUACUCCCUAAAAUUGUAAUAACAAAUACAAAGUAUUUGUUUGAAUCAUGCACGAAGUUGGUUAAACUGUUGCUAAGUUUUGACUGCCACUUUGACACAGAUGAUUUGCGUCGAAUGUUGCGACACAUCAAAUUGAACUGUAAACAUCUCGAAGAAAUUCAGAUAUUGGACGAUCGUGAUCAAGUAAAUAAUGAUCUCGUUACAGAAAUUUCCAAUACUUUUCCACGAGUGAAAUUUUCUAUAAUUCAUCACGACACCGACAAUUCCAUAUACAGAGUGGAAACUUAUAGGAAAAUUACCAAGUUAGACCGUGCAAAUCCAUUUUGAACCAAAGAUUUCUGGGUAAUGAAUGAGUCAAUCUGAGGCGGGUAUGGUAGUUCUUUUUUGCCGCUUUUUAAAUACAUCCAAUUUGAAAAUAUUCACAACGGUAAAUCGUUUAUAAAAUUUUGAUAGAAAUUAUUGUUCGAUUAUUCAUUUAAGAAUGUGAUAUUAUUGUUUGUGAAAUUUGAUGAUUUAUUUAGAUUUAAAUAUGAAGACUAUGAUAUUGUGAAAACAUUUUGAUAAUAUCGAAAAUAAAUGGAAACAGUUUUAUAAA